AUGUAUUUAGUGCCGGAUUCACAAAAUUUUAUUUUACAUUUUAGGAAUUGGAGCAUGGUAUUCAAAAUGUUUAAUUAUCAAAUUUCUGAUAUAAUACGGCCUGAAGCGACAACAAAAUUGGAAAAUAAUUUUAGAAAAUUUAUUUUAACAACUCCACAUUUGGCUGAAAAAUUUUCUCGGCUACCUCAUAGAGUAAUUUAUUACCCUAUUAUAUCGGCAUGUUAUAAUAGAAUAUUUUAUGGACGAAGUAAACGCCCUAUGAAUUGCCCCGGUCCAUUGCGUUGUCUACUUCCUUCUAUUCCUGAUAUUAAAUGUGCUAUCGGAAUAAGAAAUUACGAGCAUGGUGCAAUUAAUGAACACGUGGUUAGGAGUUUUUAA